AUGAGAUGCAAAUUAUAUGGAAUAUACUUUUUUUUCAAAUCGAAAUUUCAAGUUAAAGACAUACAUAAAAUCGUUGAUAUCUAAUUCGAGGAAAUAGAUUCUACUUAAACUCAUGCUAAAUUAGAAUAUGAGAACAAAUAUAAGGGUUAGAUAACUUUUCUAAGAGCUGUUCAUCAGAUUGCAGGCAAAGGUUAAUAUGAUAGAAAAUGGGAAUGUCAAUCAAAAAGGAACAUUUUAACUACCAUAAUCUUUCCUUAUUUUACUAAUAUAUAGUAUUAAAAGAAUGUUACUCUUGUUAUUGGAUAUACAAUUGUAUAAAUCUACAAAGAACUCUACAAUGUGGAUGCAGAAUUAAAAUGGGUCAAUGACAUAUUAUUAAACUCAAAAAAAUCAGGUGGAAUUCUCACAGAAUCAGAAUAAAUUGGAGAUCAACUAGUUUUAUAUAUAGGGAUUGGACUUAAUAUUGAUUGGUGUAUCGAAGAUGCAACAUGUCUUGAGUAGAUACUAGGCAAGAAAAUAGAUUAAGAAGAAUUAUUUUUGAAGGUAAAAGAAAGGGUUAUUCAAACUUUAUAUACAUUAAAUGAAUAAGGUUUUGAAAUAUUUAGAAUUGGAAUCAAUUAAGUUUUAUACAGGAAAGGUUAAUUUUGUGAAUUUGUUAAUUCUAAAACUUUACAAAUAAUAUAAACUGGAAUAGUGGAAGAGUUAAACAAAGAUGGAGACUUAGUUAUUAGAGGUCAAGAUGGAAUAAUUAGAAUUAUAGAACCAAAUUUGAGAAUGAAAUUAUGA